AUGGAGGAAAAGCCAUUUCAAUGUUCUGAAUGUGACAAAACGUUUGCACAGAAGAGUAAUCUUAACCUACACAUGAGGAUCCACACUGGAGAGAAGCCAUUUGAGUGUCCUGAAUGUGACAAAACUUUUACGCAGAAGGGUAAUCUUGACAUACAUAUGAGCAUUCACACCGGAGAGAAGCUGUAUCAGUGUUCAGAUUGUGGCAAAGAUUUUAGAGUGAAGGCAAGUCUGAUCACACACCAGAGGAUCCACACUGGAGAGAAGCCAUAUCAGUGCUCAGAAUGCGGUAACGUUUUCACGUCAAAGUCAGAGCUUAGCAAACACCAGAGGAUUCACACCGGAGAGAAGCCGUAUCAGUGUUCCGAAUGUGACAAAGCUUUUAUAACCAAGAUAAGACUCGACAAACACCAGAGGAUUCACACCGGAGAGAAGCCGUUUCGGUGCGCUCAUUGUGACAAAGCUUUUACAAGGAGGGAUCACCUUGUCCAACACGAGAGGGUCCACACUAAAGAGACGCCAUUUCAGUGUUUGACGUGCAAAAAAGAUUUUUUAGACAAGUCCAGCCUUAUCAGACACCAGAGGAUCCAUGCUGGAGAGAAGCCACACCAGUGUUCUGAAUGUGAUAAAGCUUUCGUGAGGAGGGAACACCUCAUCAAACACCAGAGGACUCACACUGGAGAGAGGCCAUAUCAAUGUUCUAAAUGUGAUAAAGCUUUUACACAGAAGUCCAAUCUUGACUCCCACCAGUGGGUUCACAUUAAAAAGAUGCCAUAG